GACUGGCGCCCUCUCUCUCUCCACAGCACGAAGAAAAAAUGACUUGAGAGCUUUCUCUCUUCUUUUUUUCCCUCUCAAAGUACUUGAGUUGGUUGUGGUCUACGACAUUGCCAUUACUUACUUUGAGCCUCUUGUUUUUAAUCUGUUCUUAUCUCUUAAUUUUUCUUUUUCUUGCCUUUAGCUUGUGGGCUCAGUCUGUAUUUCUAAUUUCUAAAUUUGUGUUUUCUGUUGGGCACUGCCACCGAACUUCCUUGAUUCCUUUUAUUCCCUUCUGACCCACAUUGCAUUCUCUGCAUCGAAUCUACAGUUCCAUUUUCAAUCCUUUUCGAGGUUAUAUAUAUGGAGCUUUCCUCUUAGACCUCCCCUGUGCUCACAUUGUCUUGAAGAACAACUUCAAUGCAAGCAAAACGAUUAACCUGUUUGUGUGUAAUCAUUCGGUGUUCUUGCCUUUUUAAAUUUUCUGUCUUCUGUUUGUGGGUCUUCGGGCUUGGUUUGUCUGGUUGAGCUAGAGUCUUUCGGUGGGAUUGGAUUAUGUAAUUCUGUUGCUGGCUCGAUGUUUGUUUGUAUUCCCUGAAUACAUAUCUGCCCUUCUCUGUUCAGUGUUUGUUAGGAUUGCACUUUCUCACCUUCUGCAAUACUCAAAUAAUGUAAUUUAUCCGGAUAUUAAAUCGCCGGUCCCUCUAAUGUCACCCUUCCUUCUCCUGAGCCAUUGAAGAAAGAGUACCCAGUUGACUGAGUUGCCAAACAAGAUGGAAGAGACCUUCGUCCCUUUUCGCGGAAUCAAGAGUGACCUCCAUGGAAGGUUGAUGUGUUACAAGCAAGAUUGGAGUAGUGGUGUCAAGGCAGGCUUCAGGAUUUUGGCGCCCACCACGUACAUAUUCUUCUCUUCUGCGAUUCCAGUCAUUUCAUUCGGUGAACAAUUGGGCAGAAAUACAGAUGGGAUUCUAACAGCAGUUCAAACAUUAGCAUCUACAGCAUUAUGUGGGAUUAUACAUUCUAUCAUUGGAGGCCAGCCCUUGCUGAUUCUUGGCGUGGCAGAGCCUACUGUGCUCAUGUACACAUUCAUGUUUAACUUUGCUAAGGAUAUACCUGAUUUGGGACCAGAACUUUUUCUAGCAUGGACUGGGUGGGUAUGUGUGUGGACUGCAAUCUUGCUGUUCUUGCUGGCUAUUUUAGGGGCUUGCUCCAUUAUCAAUAGGUUUACUCGGUUGGCUGGAGAAAUGUUUGGUCUUCUCAUUGCAAUGCUCUUCAUGCAGCAAGCUAUUAAAGGACUUGUGGAUGAGUUCUGUAUACCCCAGAGAGAAAAUCCAAAAUUAACAGAACUCAUACCAUCAUGGAGGUUUGCGAAUGGAAUGUUUGCUUUAGUAUUGUCAUUCGGCCUUCUUUUUACUGCAUUAAGAAGCCGAAAAGCACGGUCAUGGCGAUAUGGAUCUGGCUGGCUUCGAGGCUUCAUAGCAGACUAUGGUGUGCCAUUGAUGGUUCUAGUCUGGACUGCUAUUUCCUACAUACCAGCUAGUAGUAUUCCAAGGGGGAUUCCUCGGCGCCUUUUUAGUCCAAAUCCAUGGUCUCCCGGUGCCUAUGAAAACUGGACAGUAAUUAAGGAUAUGCUAAAUGUGCCUCUUCUCUAUAUAAUUGGAGCUUUUAUUCCAGCAACAAUGAUUGCAGUGCUUUACUAUUUUGACCAUAGUGUAGCAUCCCAACUUGCUCAACAGAAAGAAUUUAAUUUGAGAAAGCCACCUUCUUUUCAUUAUGAUUUACUUCUUCUUGGGUUCAUGGUCAUCUUGUGUGGUCUUCUUGGAAUCCCUCCAUCAAAUGGUGUUAUCCCACAAUCUCCUAUGCAUACAAAGAGUCUGGCGACUCUUAAGCACCAGUUGUUACGUAAUCGGCUUGUUGCCACAGCACGGAAAAGUAUGAGUAAGAACUCAAGCUUAGGACAAUUAUAUGGAAGUAUGCAAGAAGCCUACCACCAGAUGCAGACUCCAUUGAUCUACCAGGAGGCAUCAGCUCGACAGGGAUUAAAGGAUCUGAAGGAGUCAACAAUUCAAAUGGCUUCAAGCAUGGGGAAUAUUGAUGCCCCUGUUAAUGAGACUGUAUUUGAUGUUGAAAAGGAGAUUGAUGACCUUCUUCCAGUUGAGGUCAAAGAACAGCGACUGAGCAAUUUACUUCAAGCUUUAAUGGUUGGAGGCUGUGUGGCAGCCAUGCCUGUCCUUAAAAAGAUUCCAACCUCUGUGCUUUGGGGCUACUUUGCCUUCAUGGCCAUUGAAAGCUUACCUGGCAAUCAAUUCUGGGAAAGGAUCCUUUUGCUUUUCACUGCUCCAAGCAGAAGAUUCAAAGUGCUUGAGGAGUACCACGCAACUUUUGUGGAAACGGUGCCCUUCAGGAUAAUUGCAACUUUUACAGUCUUCCAGUCGGUUUAUUUGUUCAUAUGCUUUGGGAUUACAUGGAUCCCAAUUGCUGGGGUUCUUUUCCCUUUGAUGAUCAUGCUUCUGGUUCCUGUGAGGCAAUACCUUCUACCCAAGUUUUUCAAAGGAGCCCACCUGCAAGAUUUAGAUGCAGCAGAGUACGAGGAGUCACCAGCUUUACCAUUCAACCUAGCAACUGAGGGAGACAUGGUUAUCAGAGCUUUAGCAGAGGGAGAGCUUCUAGAUGAUAUGAUUACUCGAAGUAGGGGUGAGAUUAGGCGCACCUGCAGUUCAAAGGUAACGAGCUCCACUGCAACUCCAGCGAACAACCCAAAAACCUUACAAAGCCCUCGGUUCUCAGAGAAGACAUAUAGCCCUCGUUUAAAUGAACUGAGAGGGGAUCCAAGUCCUUGGCUUGGCGGAAGAGGCCACCAGAGUCCAAGAACUAGUGAAGGAAGACCAUCUAAUUUGGGACAAAGUCCUUGUAUUUAACUUAGAAAUCACUAAGAUGAUAGACUUGUUUGGUAAAGAACUUCUGGCAGUUUUUCUUCUUGUUUACUUGGCCUGUGGCUGACAUCAAUGUAAAAUCUUCUUUAUUCUGCAAUUUCUAGAGAAAUCUGUAAUCAUGGUUAUGUAUAAAUAAUGCAAGUGAAUGUUUUUCUGCUUUUAA